AGGUGAAGCAUCCUGAUUGUGGAGACAAUUAAGGGCCUUUUUUUUUUUCCAAUGGUGGUAUGCUGGCUUUGAUGAAGCCUUGUUGGAGAACUUCAGGUCAGUAAGAUGGUCGGGAGGCAGACGCACCGAAUGGAAAGCGUGACGGUGGUGGACGACAGCCCGGGCUCCAGUCCGAGCUCCAGCCCGGCGGGCCGUGCGCCGCCGCAGGCCGGCGGCAGGGGGCGGCCGGCAGCGGCCAACGCCGCGCGGGAGAGGAGCCGCGUGCAGACGCUGAGGAACGCCUUCCUGGAACUGCAACGGACGCUGCCGUCGGUGCCUCCCGACACCAAGCUAUCCAAACUGGACGUGUUGAUACUGGCCACCACGUACAUUGCCCAUUUGACUCGAACUCUGCAAGAGGAAGGCGUCGAAGAAGGCGAAAGCACAAGACAGGCGGAGGCGUUACACUCGCUCAAAGGGCAAGGAUACCUGCACCCGGUCAAGAAAUGGCCGAUGAGAUCCAGACUGUACGUGGGAGCGAGCGGUCAUUUCCUCAACACUCCCUCCGAAUCUGAGAACCAAGGCCCAUCAUCAUCGUCUUCAUCAUCAUCCAGCUCCAAGUAAAGCAACCAAUUGGUUGCCAUUUGCAUGAGAGGUGCUGAAGGACACAUUUAUUCCACUAUAUAUACAGGGAG